ACAUCAUGCUUCGUAUUUUGACGCUGAAAUGAAAGAGUAGGUGCGUUGUGUAUGUCCUUCUACGUUACGUCAUUCGGCAAUAAUUUUUUUUUAAUAAAUAGUAUAAAAUGGAAACAUAAGAACUGAGCCAGGCCUAAAACACAAGACCGAGUGGCAUAAAGAAUAGAUCACGCUUGCGUUCAUCGCAGACGGAGCAGGUAAUGAUGUCGAGCUUCAGCAUUUGGUUUGCUCUGGGGGCGCUAGCUCUUGUAUUUGUCUCAUCGGUUUCGGCCGACGAUGUGGUCGUGCUGACGGAGUCCAACUUCGAUCAAGAAGUUGGCCAAGAUCGCAGCGCUCUUGUCGAGUUCUAUGCUCCCUGGUGUGGACACUGUAAAAGGCUCGCACCAGAGUAUGAAAAACUGGGAGCAAGUUUUAAAAAAGCCAAGUCCGUUUUGAUUGGGAAGGUAGACUGUGAUGAUCAAAAAAGCCUUUGCAGCAAAUAUGGUGUCUCUGGUUAUCCCACUAUUCAAUGGUUUCCUAAGGGGUCUUUGGAACCAAAGAAGUAUGAUGGGGCACGUACUGCAGAAGCCCUUGCUGAGUUUGUAAACAAAGAAGGAGGAACCAAUGUGAAGAUAGCUUCUGUUCCAUCCAGUGUGGUGGUUCUCACUCCAGAUAACUUUGAUCAGGUUGUCUUGGAUGAAACAAAAGACGUUCUGGUUGAGUUCUAUGCUCCAUGGUGUGGUCAUUGUAAAGCCCUUGCCUCUACUUAUGAAAAAGUCGCUACAGCAUUCAAACCGGAGGAAGAUGUUGUGAUAGCAAAUAUUGAUGCUGACCAACACAAAGAUAUUGCUGAGAAGUAUGGUGUAAGUGGUUAUCCGACUCUCAAAUUUUUCCCAAGGAACAAUAAAGCUGGUGAAGAUUAUGAUGGUGGCCGAGAUUUGGAUGACUUUGUAACUUUCAUCAAUGAGAAAUGCGGUACCAGCCGUGAUGGGAAGGGACAGCUUACUUCUAAAGCUGGUUUAGUACCAACUCUGGAUGGCUUGGUGAAAGAUUUUGUGAGUGCUUCUAGUGAUGAAAAGAAAGAAGUUUAUUCUCGGCUUGAGGAGGAAGCUAAGAAACUGAAGGGAUCUGCUGCAAGAUAUGGCAACAUCUACUUAAAAGCUGCUAAAAACUGCAUUGAGAAAGGAGUGGAUUAUGCAUCAAAGGAGAUUCAAAGACUUGGGCGCAUACUUGACAAGUCUGUCAGCCCUGCAAAGGCAGAUGAGCUCACUCUCAAGAAGAACGUCUUGUCUAAGUUUAUUGCUUGAUCUGCUGUCAGAAGUUGGAAGAGCUAUUGACUGAGUUUCUGCUUAUAGAGGUUAUUUGUAGUUCCUUAGUACCUGGGGCCUUGUUGGUCUAAUUUCUACGAAAUUGCAGCGAACAUGCGCUGAGUUAUAGAAAGUGAAGCAAAAAAGAUAGAUCUUCCAUAUGGGAAAUCAUAUUAGAGACUUACCAGGACGACUUGAGGUUUAAUUGGAGGCCAUUUUGUACAAUUUUCCAUUCUGGGCUUACUGGUACCGGCAUGGGAUCUUUUAUUGAAAUGAACUUGCAUCUUUAGGGAUUGAGGUGUGAUAUUUAUCCUA